GAGGGAGGGAGAGAGAGGGAGGGAGAGAGAGGGAGAGAGAGAGAGAGGGAGAGAGGGAAAUGGGGACAGAAAACACAAAAGCAGCAAAUUCAGAGAGACAGUAAAGUAAAGGACCAGCCACUGCGUUGGCCCCAUUAUUGAUAUAUAACUGGCAGCCAUUCCGAAUUUUAAGCCUUUACUUAUUUUGUGUGUUUCUCCUCUUUCUACAGUUACUGGCUAUAGCUUUUCAGUGUUGUGUAUUUCACUCAAUUCACACACACACACACACACAGUGAAUUAUAGGUGGUUUCCGGUAAUGAGUGUCGCCGGAGAAUCUGUGUGACUCUCUGUGUGUGUGCCUGUUUUCACUCUCUCUGUCUACCGUUACUAGCUUAAGGCUUUUCAGUGUUGUGUAUUUCACUCAAUUCACACACACACAGUGAACUAUAGGUGGUUUCCACCUUUCCGGUAAUGGGUAUGGCCGGAGAAUCUGUGUGACUGUGUUUAUCUCUGUCUUCACUCUCGCUUUCUACCAUUACUGGCUUAUAGCUUUUCAGUGUUGUGUAUUUCACUCAAUUCACACACACACACACACACACAGUGAACUAGAGGUGGUUUCUGGUAUGAGUAUGGCCGGAGAAUCUGUGUGACUCUGUGUGUGUGUGUCUGUUUUCACUCGCUCUGUCUACCGUUAAUGGCUAUAGCUUUUCACUGUUGUGAAAUUCACACACACGCACAGUGGAUUUUACAGGAAUAUUAAGUCGCCGGUAAUGGGUAUGGCCGGAGAAUCAUCAUCGUCGUCGUAUUCAGGGAAGCUGAAGAAAGCAGCAAAAAAGAUGUUAGUUCAAACAUGUGGCUCUUUUCGUUGUGGAUACCAAAACCCUCCUUCUCCUGUCCCCGAUAACACCGCCACAACCACCACCACCUCUGCGUUUGCUUAUCCUGAGCUGUUGAAGAAUCAUACUGCUGUAAUUAAACCUUCACAAAUACAUUCUAUUACUAACACACCUUCUAACAAGAAUUUUUGUCCAAUAUGUCUGGAUCCGUUGACCUAUAGCUGCGACAGCAGCCCAGGACAAGCUAUAUUCACAGCGCAAUGCUCUCAUGCUUUUCACUUUGCUUGCAUAUCAUCCAAUAUCCGCCAUGGCAAUGUUACAUGCCCUGUUUGCCGUGCACAUUGGACUCAACUACCUCGGACAUUGAAGAUGGAUUAUUCUGCUCACAACAAUCAAGCUGAUCCCAUUCUCCAGAUUCUUGAUGAAUCAAUUGCUACUUCGCGGGUACAUAGACGUUCCUUUUUGCGCUCUGCUCGCUAUGAUGAUGAUGAUCCAAUCGAGCCUGACCGUACAUCAGAUCUUCACCGUCUGCAUCUGUCUUUGUCACCUAUCACUCACGAAAGCGGGCAGACACCUAUUGUUUCCACAUCCUCUAGGAGAGCUUAUCUCUGCUUAAAAUUGGCACAUCAGCCGGCCACUGACUUAGUCUUAGUUGCAAGCUCAAAUGGACCUCACCUAAGGCUUAUGAAACAAGCCAUGGCAUUGGUGGUAUUUUCACUCCGACCUAUAGACCGCUUGGCUAUUGUUACCUACUCUUCUGCUGCAGCACGUAUCUUCCCCCUCAAGUGUAUGACCUCUUAUGGGAAGCGGACAGCACUACAAGUGAUUGAUCGACUGUUUUAUAUGGGCCAAGCUGAUCCAGUAGAAGGACUCAAGAAAGGAGUAAAGAUACUACGAGAGCGCACCCACCAAAAUCCUCAUUCUUUUAUUCUGCAUCUGUCUGACAAUCCAACAAGAUCUUUCCAUGGGUUUCACUUGGAACUUCCUAUUACAAUCCAUAAGUUUCACGUAGGAUUUGGAUUUGGCACUUCAAAUGGGUUUGUCAUGCACGAGUUUGAGAGAUUUCUUGCUAAAAUAUUGGGUGGUGUGGUUAGAGAAAUUGCAUUGAGGAUUGGGCAGGACUCUAGGAUUAUGAGAAUUGGAGAAUUACGAGGGGGUGAGGUGAGGAGAAUCCCGUUGCUUUUGGAAGAGUUGGACCAGGUCCAUGUGGUGUAUACCUAUAUUGAUUGCAUGAUGGAUGACUCUGUUAAAACAGGGGAAAUUGUAGUCAGAAUUGGUGAUAGAAAAGAACUGACUGAUGCUGUUGACGCUGUUGAGAGCACAGGCGGAAGAAGUAGCAGUGUUGAGAGCUGGGAAUAUCACGAUCCGUUCAUGGCUAGA